AUGAGGAAUGUCGCACUUGGUGGCGUAGUGUUCCUGACUUCACUAGUAGUUACGGGAUGGAUUGCUCUAGCGUGGAUACUCACCCCUUGCUUCUUGUUAGUUGUGCUACCCUUGCCAAAGUUUCUCCAGAUAAAACGAUUCUACCGCUGCACCACUCGCUUCAUACAAUGGGCAUGGAUGGGUCAUGUGGUUUUGCUACUAGAAACCCUUUUUGGUAUUCAGGUGCGUGUUUACGGUAACGCAGAGACAAAAGCUCACGAGCACAUCAUGGCCCAAGAUCGAGCAAUCUGGUUAUCAAAUCAUCGUACUCGCAUUGACUGGAUGCUCUUGUGGACCCUUGCGUGGCGGACGCGCACAUUACACCAAUUGCGGAUUGUCUUGAAAGCCCCACUGCGCAAUAUCCCCAUCUUCGGCUGGGCCAUGCAACACUUUGUCUUCAUUUUUCUUGAGCGCCGCUGGGCAGAAGACCAGAUGAAGCUGCGUAAGUUGCUGCCGUACCUCACAGCGACAGAGCCAAAGGCUUCCUACCUUCUUUUCCCGGAAGGCACAGAUCUCAGUGAAAGCAAUUUGGAAAAAAGCCGCUCUUUUUGCUGA